AUGCAACUAAACUUGUGGAUACUCACAUUUACCUUCCCAUUUAGGGUAAAUCCGGGACCUUCUACCGUCUGCGUAUCUGUGAUACUGAAUUGGCACUUUGCAGAGAGGGCGGUAGUGAUACCGCUAUUCACGCAAGAGGUCGGUGAACCAAAGUGCAGGAAAACAGAAGUUCGUAUGCCCUGGUUAAUCACUGAUGAACGGCCUCAACUGACACCUGUUUUGGCGGACGUUCUACAGUCGACGCGCCCGGAAAACCUGAAUGAGGCCAAGCGUCGCAAACUAAGUCGCACGGACUCCAUUCCAUCACCUGUUGUGUUCGACGCCAAAUAUCACUUCACCAUCACCGUCUGCGUCAAGGACAUCAACUCGAGCAGCAAACUCGUCUACCAAAUCACCUGUAUCCGCGCCAUGGCCUUUGCUAACGGCACCCAACCCGCUCCCGAGCUGGAGAACAACUCUGUCAGCGAGAGCCACUUGAUUGGAACUAACCGGAUGCCAACGAGUAAAACGCGAAAAAAGAAGGGGUUUUCAUUGUGCGGACUCAAUUGUAUGGGGGGAAAGGAUAAAGAGGAGAUGGAUGAAAAUCGGGAUUCCUAUCCAUCCCGACGGUCCGUGGAUUAUACACAAUGUCAUCUCUCCGUGGCUGAGGUCGCUCCCUCACAGAACGUUCAGGUAGUCGAACCGCCCUCUCCGCCACAGCGAAGACGCUCUAGUUCCAUCAACAAGCAGGCGAUCACUGGGGAGGGAGAUAUUGCAAAACCCAAUUGUUCUGUCCAAUCAUCAGCGGAUACGAAUCUCGUCGCUUCAACCCCGAAUGUGUUGGUAUGUAGCGAAUCCCACAAACCCAUGCUCAACACAACCUCUUUCCUGUCAGAAAAUUCGACAUCUGUCAACCUUUCCCGUUAUCUUACCUACACCAAAUCGGAUGCUACAGGCCAAUUUUUAAACGAGCCCCAAAUAACUUCAACCUGCACGCCCCAUCAAUCUCAGGUCGAACAGGCAGUGAAAAGCACGCUUUCUUCCUUUGAAAUAAAUGCGCCAAAGCCAUCUCACGAAUCCAUACCUAACGAAGUGCCCCAGCUCCUGCUCCCCACUGCAACAGAAAAGAAGGGAACUACUGCGCCCGGACUGAUGAGUCCAAAGAGUGCGGAAAAUGUGGACGAUUGCACUGGCAGGGCUCAGCCGUCUCCAGUGCCGUCACCGAAGAAACGUGAAAUGAGUGUAACUCCGUCAAGUCCAGGAAGGCCGUCUGCAUCUCCACACUCUGGCAUCCCACUGCCUCGGAACCCAACUCGAGCCAUGGUUGGUACCGCCCAUCAUCCACCGUCUCCAUCUGGAGAGGUUGCAGAGAUUGAGGCCUCUGGUCAUUCAAAUGAAGCUACCUUGGAUUUACAAGCAGCGGCAAUAGAUUUGACCACUGCUUUGGGAGAAGCCGUGAAUUUAGAUCAAACGAAAUCGGAAUCUCCUACGAGUUUGCCAGUGCCGGAGGUUCCAGUUAGUACUCCUACUACUGCUGUUCCGGGCAGCCAAAAUGGGACAACUAAGACAGAUAUCUCAACCCCGGCACCGAUAGCGACGCCACCACCUAUGCAACUCGCGCAAACACGACGCCCCUCAGGCCUUAUUGGUCCGAAGGUGGUGGUAAACAAACCGGGCAUCAGUGUGUACAAGGGUCGCAACGCCCCCUCCCUCUCCUCGCCCGUCGAGAUGGGACCGGAUGGCGACUCUCCGAACGGUGGUCCCAUUACGACCCCGACACUUCCAGUUGCACCAACAGCAGCAACAGUAGCAGUCAGUGCAAAAUCGUCGAAUAUUCGCCCGCCGAUGGUGACCACAGAGGCCAACGUGACACGCUACCAUCCGCGCUCCUCGAUUCCCACACGUAGCACCCUGGCCACACGCAACGGUCAUGAUAGCCCCUCGACGGGUUCCUUGCAAGCUGUCAGUGUUCGCUCCGCUCCUACGGGUAUCCGCAUGCCCUCUCAGUUGUCACGCCAAACUCUCGCCAAGGUAACUCUCCUUGCACAUGUGCGCAAUUGGUACCUCCCGCCUUCUCGAUAUACUGACUAUCCCACCGGUUGUAUACAAGUUGGCACAUCGUCUCGUCAUUUAUUACCGCUUGUUACUAGUACUCAUAUUUUUACCACCGUCUGUUUCAAUGCCGCCUUUCUACCGUCUCGGCCCUACCUCGCAUUUCGUUUGUUUCCACUCUCAACAAACGUUUUUCUCAUUCCAAUGCGCUGUCGACACCAUCUGCUGUCGUCUACUUCCCCUCCCUUGGUUUUUUUCUUUCUGAGGUGUGGUCUCAUCCCUUCUAUUAAUACUGUCUUCUUAGUGCUCGGGUUUGCAUCGCUCGCCUCACCUGCGCAUUCGCAACAACGUUAA